AUGGGACCGAAACGAAUGGCGACCCGUGGCGGUGGUCGAGGUAGGCCGUCUCGACGGUCAAACAAACACACGACCCAAGAACAGGGUGACGUCCCCGAGAUCUAUCAAGAGAUGCUCCUCGAGGCUGCCAGAAACCCUUUUCCAAAAGUGGACCUGCAGACUAAAGUUGUUAAACGGAGGAAACUGGAAGACGGCUCAUCUCAGGUGACCGAUUCCGAGCUCGCUGCGCAAGAUUUGCCAAGCGGACCCAUAGAUGGUGUCGAAACUGGUGAUGAAAGCGUAUUGGCUCAAUCUACACCACAAAGGCAGACUGUUUUUGACGACUUUCGUGGCUCUGGUGAUGAGUCAGAGGAUGAUUUCGAGGAAGUGGACCUUGAGGCUGAUGUCGAAGUCUAUCAAGGUCAAGACAGAGCCGACGAGCCUCUUCAACUAGAUCUUAACAAGAAACUUGACCCAGAUGCUACCUCUUCAGUACAUCGACGCAAGCCUGCUACUGCGGUGGAAAGAAGGAUACGUCUUGAUGUGCAUAAAUGGCAUGUCCUCUGUCUGCUAGCUCACCUACAGCGCCGAAGUCACUGGUGUAAUGACGAGCAAGUACAGUCUAUCCUGAAACCUUUGAUACCGCGGAAGCUGGUCAAGCUGUUUCACCUGGAUGCCGGCCAACCGCAGUAUCAGCGAACUCAUUCGUUCAAUGUAGCCAUUGAUGAGGUAAGUAAGAUAUGGCGAAGUGAAUGGAAAAUUACCGAGCAGGGCAUGAGAAGAGCUUACUGGACGGACGAUCCAGAUGAUCUCAAAAAUGUAGACGAUUAUCCUGAUCCAAUUGACUAUGAUGACUUCCGGGAUGCUGCAAGAACAAGAUCUGGCUCUCGAGAUCUUGGAGCUCAGCUAUUCUGCGCAUUACUGAGGUCAGUCGCGGUUGAGACGAGACUCGUCUGUUCAUUACAACCUCUGCCGUUUUCUGGCGUAGCAAGGGGCACAACGCCAGUCAAACCCAAAGCAAAAUACAUUAUGGCUUCAAACCUCGGAAGACAGCGUCAAUUGAAUCAAAAUGCUGAGAGCCCUACAAUUUCUGAUCCGAGAUGGCGUCUUUAUGGCGCUGGACCUGAGGAAUCUUCGCCUGUUCCCGCCGUCAAGAAGCCAGCAAAAAGGAUAAGAGACUCACCAUAUCCUGUCUUCUGGGUUGAAAUUUUUGACGAAUCACUUCAGAAAUGGAUCCCCGUCGACCCACUCGUUCGCAGCACAAUCAACAAACCCAAGACAGGUUUCGAACCACCCGCCAAUGACUCACUUAACAGCAUGUCCUAUGUCAUAGUAUUUGAGGACGAUGCCUCAGCUAAAGAUGUCACGCGUCGUUACACUCAGUUCUACAAUGGCAAAACCAGGAGAAAUCGUGUCGAAUCAACCAAAGGAGGAGACCUUUGGUGGAAGGAGACAAUGUCUUUUUUCGAGAACCCAUUCCCGGAAGAUCGAGACGAGAUCGAAAACGCGGAGUUGAUGGCAAGGGAGGAGAGUGAACAAAUGCCGAAGAAUGUGCAGGAUUUCAAGAAUCACCCGCAUUAUGCUUUGGAGAGGCACCUUAGGCGGAACGAGGUGAUCCAUCCGAAGAAGGAAAUAGGAAAGGUCACUGUCGGCCUGAGCAAAGAUGGCAGGCUUGAGCCCGUCUUUCGAAGGAGGGAUGUAUUGGUUGUGAAGACGGCGGAUCAAUGGUAUAGACUUGGUCGGGAUAUCAAGGUUGGAGAGCAGCCUCUAAAGAGAGUGAUCCCAACGAAGAGGAGAGUUACACCUGUGGAUGAGCAGGAUGGGCAAGAAGAAGGAGCAUUGCUUUAUGCAGCGUUCCAGACAGAGCUAUAUGUGCCGCCAACCGUGGUGAAUGGCAAGAUACCGAGGAAUGCCUACGGUAACCUGGAUGUUUACGUGCCGAGUAUGAUCCCAGCUGGAGGGAUCCACGUCGAGCAUCCGGAUGCAGCCAGAGCAGCUAGGAUCCUCGGAAUUGAUUAUGCGGAUGCAGUGACCGGUUUUGAAUUCAGAGGCAGACAAGGGACAGCGAUAAUGAAAGGUAUAGUGGCAGCAACAGAGUAUCGUGAGGCACUUAUCGAGGUACUGGAAGCGCUUGCAUACGAAAGGGUACGAAUGAACAGCGAGAAGAGAAGCUCAAUCGCACUACAGAUGUGGAAGAAAUUUUUGACUGCUUUGAGAAUUCGCGAAAGAGUUAGUAUGAAGUAUGGAGAAGGAGGUAGUCAAGGUGGAGAUCACGAUGAAGACAUAGAGGACAAGACAUAUCACGAUGAUGGUGACCAUGACGAAGACGAAGGAGGCGGUUUCUUUCCGGAGCAGACUAAAGGACCGGCCACAUUACCAGAGAGCCCAGAUGUCGAAACUGGUUUGAAUGAGCAAGUCAUCUUCUAUCCAGACUCGCCAGAUAUCGACAUUACAAUCAUAGUUCACGAAUCGCCACACAAGCUUCCUAGAUCACAACAGCAGCAACGAAAGCCUUCACGGCUAGCAGCAAGACUCCCAGCAGAAGAACCAAUGAUGGGUGGGGGCUUUUUUGCCGAACGGGAAAAUAUUAACAUCCCAGAGGAUGGGCACCAAGGAGGAGGAGGAUUUACAGCGGAAGACUCGUCACCCACCGCACCCGACGGAGCACCACCUCCCUCGCUAGUCUAUGAAUCUCUUCCCACCAUACCUACUACCGCCUCCUCCGCCUCCACUGCGCAUAAAGCCGUAGUCGCGAACACGGCCAAUAACACCAUAACCACCCCCGCCACCACCCCUUCUAACAAUCUCCCGCACCGGACCCCGGUUCUCACCCAAAACGAAAUUCACGGCCCAGUCCCAUCAUCACCAGCUCAACAACCACAAAUCGCGGUAAGUUCGCCAAAUGCCGAGCAAGUAGCAGAGAACCGCAUCCCACCCUCCUCUUCCUCCUCCUCCCUAGAGCAAGGUUCCCUCCUCUCUCACGACCCGGAAGACGAAGACGCCGAACCGGAUUGGUUGGCUGAGGCGAUGGAUUCUGACUGA